CCCGGCGUCAGCCAUCUUGCCUGCCCUAGACCGAGUGCGGAAGUAACGUUAGAAACUGUACUUUGUGCAGGUUCAGGUUUCCGCCUGUGGACGGUUUGCAAUAUCCUCCAACCGACACAGACAGCUAUCGAUUAACAGAAAACAUUUGUUAUUACCAGAAGCACACGAGAUGGCAGGACGAUUACCGGCGUGUGUUGUCGACUGCGGUACAGGAUACACUAAGCUGGGGUAUGCAGGGAACACAGAGCCACAGUUCAUUGUUCCAUCAUGUAUUGCAAUCAAAGAGUCGGCCAAGGUUGGAUCAAGGACGGUCAAGGGGGUGGACGACCUGGACUUCUUCAUCGGAGAUGAGGGGAUAGACAAGCCCAAUUAUGCCACAAAGUGGCCCAUCCGUCACGGCAUUGUCGAGGACUGGGACCUGAUGGAGAGGUUCAUGGAACAGGUGAUCUUCAAGUACCUCAGGGCGGAGCCUGAGGACCACUACUUUCUGUUGACAGAGCCUCCUCUGAACACACCAGAGAACCGAGAGUAUACAGCAGAGAUCAUGUUUGAGUCCUUCAACGUCCCAGGGCUCUACAUUGCAGUGCAGGCUGUCCUGGCGCUGGCGGCCUCCUGGACAUCCAGACAGGUGGGGGAGAGGACACUGACGGGGACGGUCAUCGACAGCGGAGACGGAGUCACCCACGUUAUCCCUGUGGCUGAGGGCUACGUCAUCGGCAGCUGUAUAAAGCACAUCCCCAUCGCGGGCCGUGACAUCACCUACUUCACCCAGCAGCUUCUGAGGGAGCGGGAGGUGGGCAUCCCCCCAGAGCAGUCCCUGGAAACAGCCAAGGCAGUCAAGGAGCGUUUCAGCUACGUGUGUCCUGACCUCGUGAAAGAGUUCAACAAGUACGACACGGACGGCUCCAAGUGGAUCAAGCAGUACACCGGAAUUAACAACAUCAGCAAGAAGGAGUUCACUGUCGACGUGGGCUACGAGCGCUUCCUUGGCCCUGAGAUCUUCUUCCACCCAGAGUUUGCCAAUCCUGACUUCACCCAGCCCAUCUCUGAAGUUGUGGACGAGGUUAUCCAGAACUGCCCCAUCGAUGUCAGACGUCCUCUUUACAAGAACAUUGUCCUGUCAGGCGGCUCCACCAUGUUCAGGGACUUUGGGCGGCGCCUGCAGAGGGACCUGAAGAGGUCUGUGGACGCCAGGCUGAAGAUGAGUGAGGAGCUGAGUGGGGGCAAGCUCACGCCCAAACCAAUUGAUGUGCAAGUCAUCACUCAUCAUAUGCAGAGAUAUGCAGUGUGGUUCGGAGGAUCCAUGUUAGCCUCAACUCCUGAGUUCUACCAGGUAUGCCACACCAAAAAGGACUAUGAGGAGAUCGGGCCCAGCAUCUGUCGUCACAACCCCGUGUUCGGAGUCAUGUCUUAACUGUGGCCCUCCAAUAUCUAAUGAUCAUUCCAGAUUCCCUCUUCUAUAUUGCAGUGAAAGAAAGAAAGAAAAGAGAACUCUAUUCAUAAAAUAAUUAUGAUGAAAUUGAAAGAGAAUGACUGUAGGACCAGUAUUGUUAGCCUUUUUUUUUUUAUUAAUGAAAUGCCAAAUUAUCAAAAAAGGUGGGAUUUGUGUAUUUAAUGCCUUACAACAUUCUAAUAAAGGCUCAAAUUUGUUUCUCA